UCACUUCCUUUUCCAUCUGUUUAUAGGAAGGGGUCUGCCGGAGUUUACUUUUAAAGGAAACACAUCAUGUAAAAACUGUAAAACGCCAAAAAGUGAGAAAGAUAUUUUAGCGUGAAGAGGUGGACGUAAGUACUAAAGAUCUUAAAAAAUCGACUCGAUAAAACCGAGAGCUGAUGGCAAGUGAAGCACAAAAGUAACAAAAAACGGCAGCUGAUAACAUGCAAGUAACUGAUGUCUCCAGACGAUCCCCUGUGUUUCUCCCACCCCCCAGUGGGAACAGCCACAGGUCACCUGGUUAUGUGCCGGGAAGAAUCGCUCCAGUCCGAUCACCACCCCCGCCAAAGACCAAGCCUUCUCAGAAGCCUUCCUCGGACCCUCAACAAGGCCACACCAGUUAUUCAUUUGCAGUGGGAGAACAGGCAGCCACUCAAAGAAGGAGAAGAAAAAACACUUUAGUAUGCUUCGCAGUUUCUCUUCUUGCUUUCUUCAUAGUACUCAUUCUUAUGCUUAGCCUGACAACAAGAGAAGUUAUAGAUGAAAACUGCCCAGACCACAACCCUGCUCUAAGCAGCUGGAAUCCGGGACAUGAUCCACAGAAGACAGUAAUUAUCAGGAAAGGGGACUUGUUUCGUCUGGACUCUUCUGCCACUGUGCACUCUAUAAUCAUUCAGAAAGGAGGUGUACUGGUCUUUGCUGAUGAUACAGAGGGCUUCAAAAAUAUCACCUUAAGAACUCGUUAUGUCCUGAUAGAGGAUGGUGGUGUGCUUCACAUUGGAGCAGCAAAAUGCCGCUACAGAUCCAAAGCCACAAUCACCUUGUUCGGUAGAGAGGAUGAAGGUGAAGAAGUUCCGGGAUUUGGAAGGAAGUUCAUUGGUGUCAAAGCAGGGGGCUCCCUGGAGCUGCACGGAACGGAGAAGUUGUCAUGGACGUUUCUUUCUAGAACUCUGUCGUCCUCGGGUUUGGCCACCGGAGGAUAUUCCUUUGAAAGGAAUUUUAGCCGUGGUAUCAAUCUCCGAGUCCUAGACCAGGACACGGCAGAGGUUUUAGUUGUGGACAGGUUUGAUACUCAUGAGUCUAAAAACGACAGUCGAAGGCUUCAUGAGUUUUUGAAAUCUCUGCACCCAGGUCGCAUAGUUUCGUUAGCUGUUGGCGAUUCAGCGGUGAAAAGUCUACUAGAUGAAACCAAGAGAAUCAUUGCAGAUCUUCUGGGAAGCACCUUUGUCUACAAUUUAAAGUACAGACAGGCAUGGGCCCUGGUUGGUGUUAUUGGCGGUGGCAACGCCUCCUGUAGUGAAGAUGUUCGAGAGCAUGAGAACCACGACACCGGAGGACAGGCUGUUGCUCGUAGGGAAUUCAUCACUGUCGACGGAGUGAGAUUCUCUGUGAGCGCUUACAGCGAGUGGAGAGAAGGUUUCCCGAUCUCAGGUUUCCAGGUGGAGGUUGUGGACGGAGUGAUGUUGCACAUGAAAGAUGAUGUUCGGAGCUGGAGUCCCGGUGACCGGGUUGUCAUUGCCAGCACAGACUUCUCAAUGUACCAAGCCGAAGAGUUCUCUCUUCUACCUUGUCCAGAGUGCAACAAGUACCAGGUCAAAAUACAAGGGAAGCCACAGUUCACUCAUGUAGGUGAGAUCAUUGAUGGGAUUGAUAUGAGAGCGGAAGUUGGCGUUCUGACAAGGAACAUUCUCAUCCAUGGGGAGAUGGAAAAUUCGUGCUAUGGAAACAACUGGUGCCAGUUCUUCAAUUACGAUACAUUUGGGGGUCACAUGAAGAUUUUGGGGAACUUCACAUCAGUACACCUGUCCCAUAUUGAGUUGAAGAACAUGGGUCAGCAGGUGAAGGGGAGUUACCCUGUUCACUUUCACCUCUGUGGAGAUGUGGAUGAGAGGGGCGGUUACAAGUCCCCAACAUACCUGGAGGGACUGGCAAUCCAUCACUCGUUCUCCCGCUGUGUCGCUGUCCACGCGACUAAUGGCCUUCUGAUAAAGGACUCUGUUGGCUAUGACACACUGGGACAUUGUUUUUUCCUGGAGGAUGGGACUGAACAAAGGAACACUCUGUACCAUAACCUUGGACUUGUCACCAAACCCGGCACACUCUUGCCCACAGACAGGAAUGACACUAUGUGCACUUCCAUCAGGAACAAAGUUCAUGGAAACUACAUCCCAGUGCCGGCAACUGACUGCAAAGCAGUCUCUACGUUCUGGAUUUCCCAUCCCAACAAUAACUUAAUCAGCAAUGCUGCUGCAGGCUCACAGGAUACUGGAAUAUGGUACCUUUUUCACAGCAUGUCUACAGGGGACACUCAUGGACUGGCCCCUGAAACAAAGGCAGAACUCACCCCCCUAGGGAUAUUCUACAAUAACAGAGUGCAUUCCAACUUCAAGGCUGGUCUGUUCAUUGACAAGGGAGUUAAAACCACAAAUGCAAGCGCUGCUGACCCAAGGGAGUACCUCUGCUUGGAUAACAAUGCCAGGUUCCGUCCUCAUGUAGAUGCUGACCCAAAGAAACCUCGUGCUGUUGCUCUCAUUGACAGCUUGAUAUCCUUCAAGAACAAUGACCUGGGUGCUUGGGUUAGAGGAGGAGACAUUCUUAUUAAGAACUCUGGGUUUGCUGAUAAUGGAAUUGGAUUGUCAUUUGCAAGUGAUGGAAGCUUCCCAAAAGACGUAGGCUCAAGCCAGGAAGUGUCUGAAUCACUGUUCGUUGGGGAAAGCAAGAACUAUGGAACUAAUGGUGGGCAGAACAAGUACUGGGGAGCAGGAGGCGGGGAGAACAAAACCAGGACUCUUCCCAGGAACAAGACCUUCCCUAUCAGAGGAUUUCAGAUCUAUGAUGGGCCUGUGCACCUCACUAAAAGCACCUUUAAACAUUUUAUGCCUACGCCUGACCGCUACACAAGUGCUGUAGGCUUCUUCCUGAAAAACCCGUGGCAACUCACACCCAGGAACAACAUUUCAUCUGUUAAGUUUGAAACAAGUGUUACUCUUAAAGUUUUCUUUGGAAUAUCUGGCCCUUGGUUUGAAGAAAAUGAACUGGACGGCGACAAAAACUCGAUAUUCCACGACGUCGAUGGCUCUGUGACAGGGUAUAAGGAUGCAUAUGUGGGCCGAAUGGAUAAUUUCUUGAUUCGCCAUCCAGACUGUAUCAAUGUCACUCAGUGGAAUGGGGCCAUAUGCAGUGGGAGAUAUUCUCAGGUGUUUAUUCAGACCUGGGGUUCACAGAAUCUGAGUAUGUCUAUAGUCAGAGAUGAGUACCCAUCCAGUCCCAUGACUCUGAGGGGCAUCAACAACCAGCGGGCCGCCUUCCAGCAGUACCAGCCAGUGGUGAUGAUUGGCAAGAGCUAUACAGUUCACUGGAAUGGCAGUGCGCCAAAAGAAACUGUUCUGUACCUGAUUAACUUUGAUAAGGGUGACUGGAUUCAGGUUGGGCUUUGCUAUCCCCCUGACACCACUUUUCAAGUGAUGUCUGAUAUCUACCAGAGACAGAGUGCUAACUUUGACAGCAUGGAGGACUAUGGGCCUGCCAGCUCCCUGGAGGAACUGCAGAAGAGGCCGUCUGAGAGAAAGUUCUUUUUUGACAACAGCACAGGGCUGUUGCUGAUAUUCCUUCAAGCAAAACACAGCAGAGAUGGACAUAGUUACUGCUCUACUCAGGGUUGUGAGCGGGUGAAAAUCACUGCCACAAUUAAGUCCAAAGACAUCAGCAACUGCAUGACAAAAGCUUAUCCAAAGUACUCAAAACCACCAAAGGCCAUCAUAGCAAUGCCGCCACGGAUCACCACACAGUGCAGUAACUGUGGAGCAGCUAAGAUGGUAUUUACAAGUGAUCCUCAUAAAACCUACCUCCAAGCACAGAUCAAAUCCCUGAGCAAGGAGGAGCUACAAGAAGGAGAUAACAAAUCCUUUAUCACAGUAAAUGGUGAAAUGUUCUCCUUUGCUGAGUCAGGAUUUUUCCUAGUCACUGUUGAUGCGUGCACUGGCAAAGUCACAAAAAACACAUUGUUCUUUCAGCUGGAUGCUAAAAUGGAAAAGUACUUGCAGACUGGAAUCCCCCAAAGGUCCAUUGUAUUACUUAGCACAAGAAAUAAACAAAGUGGUUUUGGCAGCAUUUCACAGUAUUUGGUGUCUAUGGGAAUAGCCAAAGUUGCUGACCUUCAGAUUAAAGAAAGCUUUGCAUUCUUCGGAUUUCGAGGAGCUGUUAACACCUCCUGGGCUAAACUGUUUACAGCUCCAGCAGGAAAAAAACUGGGGCUGCUUGAGAAAUACAUUCCCCUACAACUGGAAGAGUAUGGCUGCAUCAAAGCUGACACGCCUCGGGGGAAGGAUGUGGAACUUCUAAAGAAAGCUUUGAGCAAACACUAGCCUUGAAAUGUGAACAACAGUAUGAAUGUGAACUAACUUAUUUUUAUUUAUGGCAUUUUAUGAAGAGGAAAAAGUUUACCAAAUGUUUACCGUUUUACAGGGUAUUUUGUAUUGUAAACUCAAACUUCCAAAUGCCAUGUCAUGCACUUUCUAUGGGAAUUGAUAAACAUUUGUCUGUGUUAAAGAUAAAACAGUAGUUGAACUAUUCAGGCAACGGUUGGUGCAGUGCGCUAAUUAACAACCUCAUACAAUCAAAUGUAAAUAAGUUAAAGGAGAAAUUAUUUUAACCACACAUCCUGACUCCUGACACAGUUAAGGGGUGUUUUCCUCUUUAGGCAAAUUCUGAAACACAUUUUUUAAUGAGCUUUCAAUUGACAGAAACAUGAUUUGGUUUGUCUACCUAGAAUUAGAAUACAGUUAUACAGUAGAGUUGAUCUAGUACUCUUUUACAAAAAACUCAUGCCAAGUUGUUUUAACAAGAUUAAAAACACCAUUGUUCUCUAGAAAGAAAGGUAGAUUUCACUUUUGCUGCAGCUCGGUGUAAAGCAAUAUCCUGCACAGGGUUGUGGGAGACAUUUAUUAAAAUUCAAUGUAAAAAAACAUAAUGCAAUUAUUUAUUUUGUUAGCCACUGAAAGGUGAAAUUGCACCUUAAACUUUCAUAUUUAAUUGAUGUCCUAGAUAUGUUUCUUAAUGACAGUUCAUAUAUUUUUAUAUCUAUUCGGAAAUUGUUACCAAAGUCUUGAUUGCAAGUUAAUUCUAGAUGAUAUUUUAUUACCCAAAAUGUAAUUUUUUAAAGCAUGUUUAUACUCUUUUGUUAACCAAGAAACAACAUAAUGAAGUGCGUGUUAAAAUGUUAAUCUGUGGUCUGUGCCUUUUCAAAAUGGGAGCAGGGCUCUCUGGAGUUCAUAACACUAAACAUUGUAUGACAGUAACUAUAACACACCAUUUGCUGUUAUUAACUCCAGUAAGUCUAAAUCCUGACUUUGAUUUAUAUAGUAAAUGUAAGAAUAACUGUAUCAAACGUUAAACCAGUUUUGUUUUUAAUAUCUUUUACUUUGGUUAAUUUCAAACUGCAUGAGUGAAAUUCAUUCCCUGCACUUUUUAAAAGACUGAAACUAUAGGCUUUUUUUACAGAUAUUUUUCAGUAGUAGUUGCCUUUUACACCUUGUUUUUAAAUGGGCAUAUUUUCAUACCCUGAAUGUAUAAAAGGUCUCUGAUCUUUAAUCCUGUUAUUUGCAGUAACAUGCUAGCAUAACAUGUCUACCAUUAGGAACACCCAUGUGCUUUUUAUUAACCACUGUGUAAUACUGAGGGAGACUCUGCAGUACAGUUCUAUAGGAUUUGAAUUUAUUGAGCUUGGUGAUUUUCAAAGCAGCACAUAUAGGAAGGGUAGUAUGUUUUAUAGUGUGGGGGUGUAAGUUUUUCAAUGUUCUGUCACCAGGUUUGUUUUCUUAGAGACAAAAUAUUGUCAACCACAAAUUUCAGCGUAGAACAGUGAAAGUUCUGCUGUGCAUUUUAUAUUCUAAAUAAAACAUUGACUAAAAUGCACAGAGAAUGAUUUUACAAACUUGUAAAGAAAUAAGGAACACAAUUACUAUUUGUCUUGUUUGUUUGUUUUGUGCCUGAAAAGUCUCUUACUAGCUGUUGUGCUUCACUGUUCAGUACGUCUACGUGCAGAAGGGUUUUUUAUUUGUAGCUUAUUCUUUAGCCAAAUAAGACGUACACGUACACACCCACAUCUGGUUUGUGCAACUUAUUUGACUAUUUACUGUUAACUUCAAUGUAAAAUAAAUCCAGUUUUCAUGUUUCGUGGGGAAAGGUUUUGAAGAAUAAAAUCAACUGGCUAAGUAAAGAUAAUACUGUAAUUUGCAUUUGAGGGGAGCAUUGUUGAACAUUUGGUGCCAGUACUAGUGCAUUAUCUGUUAUAUACAUUUUAGUAAUAAAGUAUUGCAAACCUAUUUGCCUUUUAAAACA